AACAGUGAAACAAGAAGAAAUCUUCAAGUCAGAUUCAGAAAUUAAUACAGAAAUUAUUAUUAAACAGGAAGGUAUUGAUAAAAUCUAUCAACUGUUACAUUUCAUAUUAUUGAAUGUAGGCAAAUAUACAUCGUUAGAAUUGUACUACAGAUUUAAUUAUUACUUUAAACAAUUCAUUGAAUAAUUAAUUUGUUUUUUUUAUUUAGUAAUAGAUAUUGAUGAUGAUAUGUCUUAUUCAACACUUGAAAAUGAAGAUCAUUUGUAUCCAGAUGAUAAUCAAUCUUUCUAAUAAGAACUUUUGAUAGCCCAAUUUCCAGUAAAAUAAUAUUUAAAAGUAUUGUACAGCUAGAUAUUUAUAUGCAGUAAACAAAAAAAUGAAUAGUCUGUCUAGUUUUCGAAUUAUACUUUCUAAAAAUUUAGAGGGAGGUUCGUUGUGUUCAAGGUCAACUAGUUCUUACCGAGCCACAAGAACCAGUUAUCAAUCCACAGACUUUGAUAUUAACUUUAGUUUACUUUAUAGAGUUGUAUAAAAUAGAUAUGAUCAAUAUGUAUCAAGUGUUUUCUAUUCACCGUAGAGUAUCGCAGACAUCUGUCAAAAGAUAUUUUAGUGCAUUUCCGGAGAUAUUACAGCCUGAAUUAACUGAAAUAAAAAAUGCUGGAACUUGGAAAAAUGAAAGAAUAAUUUCAUCUUCACAAAAUACAAGUAUAAAAUUAAAUAAUGGACAAAAAGUACUCAACUUCUGUGCUAAUAAUUAUCUCGGGCUAUCGGACAAUCCGGUGUUAAUAAAAGCUGCAAAAGAGGCUUUAGAUAAAUAUGGAGCAGGAUUGAGCUCAGUGAGAUUCAUUUGUGGGACUCAAGAUAUUCAUAAACAAUUAGAAUCAAAAAUUGCAGAAUUUCAUGGUCGUGAGGAUGCUAUUGCGUACAUUUCUUGCUUUGAUGCAAAUGCUGGUCUUUUUGAAAUUCUACUGACACCUGAGGAUGCAGUGAUAAGUGAUGAAUUAAAUCAUGCUUCAAUUAUUGAUGGUAUUCGAUUAUGUAAAGCAAAAAAGUUCCGUUAUAAGCAUCGAGAUUUAGCAGAUUUAGAAUCUAAACUUCAAGAAGCUCAAUCAUGCCGAAUGAGACUUAUUGCGACUGAUGGUGUAUUUUCUAUGGAUGGAAAUUAUGCACCUCUUCCGGAAAUAAUUAAUUUAGCAAGAAAAUAUAAUGCAAUUACUUUUGUUGACGAUUGUCAUGCAACGGGAUUUAUAGGAAAAACAGGCCGAGGAACUGAAGAAUAUUACAAUCUCUUGGGUCAAGUUGAUAUUAUAAAUUCAACUUUGGGAAAAGCUUUAGGAGGAGCUGCAGGAGGAUACACAACUAGUUCGAAAGAAUUGAUUGAUUUAUUGAGACAAAGAAGUCGUCCGUAUUUAUUUUCUAAUGCUAUACCACCGGCAGUGGCUGCUGUUGGAAUAAAAGCAAUAAAGUUGGUGAUGAGUGAUCCGUCAUUAAUGAACCGUGUAGAAGAAAAUACUCAACGCUUCAGAAAGGCAAUGACAGCUGCUGGAUUCACAAUUAGCGGUGAUAAUCAUCCUAUUUCACCUGUAAUGCUUGGAGAUGCUAAAUUGGCAUCAACAUUUGCUGAUAAAAUGUUGGAAAGAGGUAUUUAUGUGAUAGGAUUUAGUUAUCCUGUGGUUCCAAAAGGUAAAGCACGAAUCCGAGUUCAAUUAAGUGCAGUUCACACAUCAGAGGAUAUUGAUCGAACUGUAAAUGCUUUUGUUGACAUAGGAAAAGAACUCGGAGUGAUUUGAAAUUGAAUCACUUUAUAACAGUUAUUUUAACAAUUUUUAAAAAUAUUCAAUACAUUCAAUAACAAAAUUAUAUUUUUUACUUAAACCUA